UUCCACAUCUCUCUGCGGCUCUCUCUGCUCCUCUUGAACGUGUCUUAAAAAAAAAAAGACAGAAUAAAAACAGCAAGUCAGUUGGCGUGACCAAUUUCCUUUCCUAAACAUAAAACACUCUGUGUUGUGUCUAGCCUACACGCUUAACCUAGUCACUUUCUCACCUUACCAAGUAAUGGCCCAAGAAUCGACUCCACCGCCCGUAACACCGCCGCCGCCUCCAUCACUUGAGCAAGCUCCACCUUCUCCAGCCAUGGUGAAAGAUAAAGGAGACUUGCCGCCACCAGCACCAGCACCAGCUGAAGAAGCUGAUUCACCGGGGGCAAAGGGGAAGGAGUUACAGGGGCCAACACUACCACCGCCACCGGAAGGUGAGCAAAAGGACUCUAGAUCAUCAUCAUUGGCGGCGAUGAUGGAGAAAGAAGAGUCAGUUUUAUCACCACAACCACCUCCUGAGGAGAAAACUGAGGUAACUGAAAAGUCAGCGGCUACUAAAGAAGAGGCUGUUGCUGUUGCCGAUGCCGACACUGGGAAGGAGAAGCAAGUACAAGAGAAUAAAGUUCCUCAAACUUUGGUUUCUUUUAAGGAAGAGAGUAACCUAGUGUCUGAUCUCUCUGAUAUCGAGAGAAAAGCUUUAGAAGAACUGAAGCAGUUGGUUCAAGAAGCUCUCAAUAGUCACCAGUUUAGCACUGCUCCACCAAAAAAAGAAGAGAGACUAAGUGUUAUUAUCACCCAAGAAGCACAAACAACUCAAGAAACCUCCAAAACUGAAGCAUCAGCGUCAGAAUCUGAUGUUAGUACUGAGAUUAAACCACCAGCAGAGACUCAGGAAUCAAAAGUUGAAGAAACCCCAGAAAAAGAAUCACAAGAAGUGGCAAAAGAAGAGCAAAAGGCUGUAUCUUCACCAGAGGAGAUCACUAUAUGGGGGAUCCCUCUUCUGAAAGAUGAUAGAAGUGAUGUGGUUCUCUUGAAAUUCUUGAGGGCAAGGGAUUUUAAGGUAAGAGAUGCAUUUGUAAUGAUCAAGAACACAAUUCAAUGGAGGAGGGACUUCAAAAUUGACGAGCUUGUUGACGAAGAUCUAGGUGAUGAUUUGGAGAAAGUUGUGUUUAUGCAUGGUUAUGACAGGGAAGGGCAUCCUGUGUGUUAUAAUGUGUAUGGUGAGUUUCAAAAUAAAGAGUUGUAUCAGAAGACAUUCUCUGAUGAGGAGAAAAGAUUGAAGUUUUUGAGGUGGCGGAUUCAGUUCUUGGAGAGGAGUAUUAGGAAGCUUGAUUUUAGUCCUAGUGGUAUUUCCACCGUCUUCCAGGUUAAUGAUCUCAAGAACUCUCCAGGACCCGGAAAGAGAGAGCUUAGGUUGGCUACUAAACAGGCUCUCCUAUUGCUUCAGGACAAUUACCCUGAGUUUGUGGCCAAACAGGUGUUCAUCAAUGUCCCUUGGUGGUAUCUUGCAUUUUAUACAAUGAUCAGUCCAUUUAUGACACAAAGAACCAAAAGCAAAUUUGUAUUCGCAGGCCCAUCAAAAUCUGCUGAGACACUUUUCAAAUAUAUAUCUCCUGAGCAAGUUCCUAUUCAGUAUGGUGGCUUGAGUGUGGAUUUCUGCGACUGCAACCCUGAAUUUACUAUUGCUGAUCCUGCUACUGAGAUAACUGUAAAACCAGCAACCAAGCAAACUGUGGAAAUUAUAAUUUAUGAGAAAUGUUUCAUUGUUUGGGAGUUGCGAGUUGUUGGAUGGGAGGUGAGUUAUAGUGCUGAAUUCGUGCCCGAUUCUAAAGAUGCAUACACAAUUAUAAUAACAAAACCCACAAAAAUGACUCCAACCAAUGAGCCAGUGGUGUCUAACAGCUUCAAAGUUGGUGAGCUGGGAAAAAUAUUGCUCACAGUUGACAACUCUACCUCAAAGAAGAAGAAACUUCUCUAUAGGUUCAAGAUAAACCCCUUCUCAGAUUGAGGAACUCUUUGUAUUUAAUGUUUCCAUCUCAGAUAGUUGUGGAAAUUGAAUUAAUUUUAUGUACUCUGUGUGAGCCUUUUGUCUUUUUUUUGGCUUUGGUUCUUUUUGGUGGGUGGCAUGGCUGGUUGAGAAUAGCACGUGGUUUGCAUUUGGUGUUUUUUUUUUCAAUCAUCUUGGGGAAAACAAACACAGAUGUGAGGGAAAAUGGAGGGGUGUGUGGUUGUGAAACUUAUAUAUACAUAAAUGUGCCAUUUCAUUGAGGCGUUUUGCGAUGCGCUUUCUCGUUUA